AUGCUCCGCUACUUCAACCAGAAGAAGAAGCGCGGCCCAGCUGCUUCGGAGAGCCUUCGUGCCAUCUGGGAAUCAGAGGAUGGCUGUGAGAAGGUUCGAAAGCUGCUGAAAGAUCAUGGGACUUUCAAGGACGUUGAGGUCUCGUUGAAGAAAAAAACUAUCGACAGUGAAACGAAUGCAUUGGCGGGAGAGUAUGUGAAUGAAGCAACCUUGAUCAACAUCCAUGGCUGGGAUGAGGACAUGAUCAAGUUCUCCAAGGAACGUGCCCGGGCUGCUGGCAUGCUGAGGAAGAGUGAGGAGCACGGCAAGGAUGAAUGGAGGGCUGUCCUCUCCGAAAGCUUCCUAAAGAAAAACGAGAAGAUACAGGAGAAGGAGCAGCAAGCCUCUGAAGUGAUGGAGGCCCGUGUGCAUAUAUAA